AUGAGUCUAAUUAGUUGGAACUGCCGGGGUUUGGGUGGCACCCGGACAGUUCGAGAAUUGUUGGGCAUUGUGUCCAAACAGCGACCCUUAUUCGUCUUCUUGAUGGAGACGAAAGCAUAUGGUAGUCGGGUAGAGGAAAUGCGAGUGCAGUUGGGUUUUGAAGGGGCUUUCUGUGUGGAUCGUGUUAGCUUCGGGGGCGGGCUGGCGUUGUUCUGGCGGGAUUCGAAUGUUGCAUCCCUGUUAAGUUACUCCAUUGAUCACAUUGAUAUGGAAGUAACGAUUCCAGGGAAACCGACUUGGAGACUUACAUGCUUUUAUAGUGAGCCGGACAGAACACAACGUCAAGUUACGUGGAAUCUUCUACGGCAUUUGAAGGAUCAAUCUACGCUCCCAUGGCUCGUAGUGGGUGACUUCAACGAUAUAGCGUGCUUAUCGGAGAAAAGAGGUGUUCACUCGCAUCCUGCAGCACUUAUUGAAGGUUUUAAUGAUGCACUCAGAGAUUGUCAACUUCACGAUUUGGGAAUGUUGGGGGGAAAUUUUACUUGGGUAAAAGGCCGGGGUACGGACGCAUGGGUGGAGGAAUGGCUGGAUAGAGCCGUGGCAACUACGGAUUGGAUGGACAUCUAUGACCACGCUCAGGUUCAUAAUAUUUAUAUUCGAUCUUCGGAUCACUGUGCGAUUGCUAUAGACGUUGAAACAUGCCCUGUGCGUGCGGCGAUACGAACCUUUAAGUUCGAAUCAGCGUGGCUUUUGGAGGAUGGGUGUGCGAGAGUUGUUGAUGAAGCAUGGCGGAUGUCUACUGGGCAGAAUUUCCAGGAGAGGCUGGCGGUUUGUGGUGAGAGAUUAUGGAAGUGGGGAGGGGAACACUAUCGGCACUUUGGAAACCGGAUUAGGAAUUUGCGGCAUACACUGUCCAGACUCAAGGAAGACCGUACUCCUGCUGGUUAG